AUGUCGUCUUCGUCUGUCGUCAGCUCCGCUUCGCAAAAGACCACUCCUGCUUCGUCUCCGCCGCCAGCCGACAUGGAUGACCAGCCGAAGAACGAGGACCAUGAAGUGCCGAGCAGCUUGCAGCAGGAGGAGGAUCGGAUGCGAACACAGCGCGAGAAACAAGACGCGAAACGCGAUGCAAAGCUCGAGAAGGAGCGGCAGGCAGACAUCGAGAGUGGAAAGGAGGUUCUGGACAAGAAGUUCCAGCAAUUGGAGUUCUUGAUGAACAAAAGCAAGCUGUAUGCCAGCGUCAUGCUCGCGCAGAUGCAGCGUCAGGAGGAUGAGGAGAAGGCCCAGGAUGCGAAGACACAAGGGCAGACCUCAAAACGCGAGCAAAAGGCAGAACUAGCGGCCGCCGAGACGCAACGACGGGCAACACGCGCAUCAGCCUCAGGCAACGAACCGGCUGCCGAGCCUGCGCCGACAAAGAAAGGUCGCGGACGGGCCAAGAAGAACACAGCGAAGGACGCAAAGAUCUCCAGCUUUUUCAAGAAGGAAGACCUACAAGAUCGGACGAACAAAGCCAGUGUAACCGAAGCAUUGAAGGAAGCUGCGGAUGAGGAUAACGUAAAGACCGGCGACAUCGGGUUCCAGAAUGUCAAGUCUGCACGGCAACCAAAGCUCGUAACGGGCGGCACGAUGCGCUCAUACCAGCUCGAGGGUCUGGAGUGGAUGCUAUCGCUAUACGAAAACGGCAUCAAUGGCAUCCUGGCAGAUGAGAUGGGCUUGGGCAAGACCAUCCAGACCAUUGCACUACUUGCGCAUCUCUGGGAGAUGGGCUCGUACGGCCCGUUCUUAGUCGCGGCGCCCCUAAGCACCACCAGCAAUUGGGUUGAGGAAUUCCGCAAGUGGACACCAAGCAUCCCAGUUCUACUCUACCAUGGCGACAAGAAGGAACGCGAGAAGAUGCGCAAGACGCAACUCAAACACCCUGGCACCGAGCAGUUCCCCAUCGUUGUGACGAGCUAUGAGAUAUGCAUGAACGAUCGCAAGUUUUUGACCCACUUUGGAUGGCAGUUCAUUAUCAUCGAUGAGGGCCACCGCAUCAAGAACCUUGACUGUCGCCUGAUUCGCGAGCUCCAGCAAUACCAGUCCGCCAAUCGUCUGCUCAUCACCGGAACUCCUCUGCAAAACAAUCUCACAGAACUCUGGUCACUGCUACACUUCCUCCUACCUACUGUGUUUGAUAAGCUAUCUACAUUCGAAAGCUGGUUCGACUUCUCUGGGUUGAAAGACAAAGACAGCUACGAGCAACUUCUUUCAGAAGAACGACAACAGUACUUGGUGAAGUCGCUGCAUGCUGUUCUGAAGCCGUUCCUCUUGCGCAGGGUAAAGACUGACGUGGAAAGCCUCAUGCCGAAAAAGCGGGAGUAUGUUCUCUUCGCUCCCCUUACGCCUAUGCAAAGAGAGCUGUAUCAGACCAUUCUUGACGGCACUAGCCGUCAGUAUCUUGAGGAGAAGUCGUUCGAAAGGCUCAGCAUUGGUAUUGCAAGCGGUACUGCCACCCCUCUGAGCACGCGCAGUAAUAACGGAAGCCUCAAGCGGAAAGCUCUGGCCGACGAUAUCGACACCCCAAGCAAAAGUGCGAAGACAUCGCGACAAAGUACCCCAGCGUCGACAACAUCGAAACGCGGUCGAGGCCGGCCGCGAAAGACGUACGAAGAAGUCAGUGACCGCCAGUUCUUCUCCGACCUGAAAACGCAAGACAGUGGCUCCGAAGAGACCGAGGAGCUGCUCGACUCUGAAGCAGAAGAAGAGCGGAUACAGACAGCUACAUUCGAGCUUGCAAAGCGUCAGCUCCAACAAAAGAAACUCGGCAAUCCGUACAUGCAGCUUCGCCUUUGCUGCAACUCUCCUUACAUGUUCUUCAACCCAUUCCUCAAAGCUGAAACUUCAGGUGCGGAAACUUUCGCAAUGGAGACCGAGCCCGACGAGACCGUUGUCACAACGUCCGGGAAGAUGCUGCUCCUCGACUCAUUACUACCAGAGCUUCUUCGCCGCGGCCACAAGGUCCUCAUCUUCUCGCAAUUCACCAACAUGCUGGACAUACUGAGCCACUACCUCGGCUUGCGCGGCUGGACGUACGCCCGCAUCGACGGCAGCACAGCACAAGCCGACCGCCACUCUCAGAUCAAAGCCUUCAACGCCCCCUCUUCUGUAAAGAACGCCACAAACGUGUUUCUCCUCUCCACGCGUGCGGGCGGCCAGGGCAUCAACCUUGCCUCCGCCGAUACGGUCAUGCUCUUCGACUCUGACUUCAAUCCCCAGCAGGAUCUCCAGGCUAUCGACCGCGCGCACCGCAUCGGACAAACGCGCAACGUCGUCGUCUACCGCUUCGCCACACGCAACACCGUCGAGCUCAAGCUCCUCGAGUCCGCAGAGGCGAAGCGCCGUCUCGAGAAACUGGUCAUCCGCAAGGGCGGCGUGCGCAACGACAAGCUGCGCGGUAAGCAGCUUGAAGCCGGUCAGGAGCUCGAAGAGCUGCAGAAGCUGCUGCGGAAGAGCGAUGGCGAGCGCUUCGACGUUGAGGAGGGGGAUGGUGCGAAGUUGCUUAGCGGGAAGGAGCUGGAAAUCUUGCUGGAUCGGAGCGACGCCGCGUACGAGCAGGCGGAUAAGGGUGUGGAUGUCGGUGGUGAUGCGUUCAAGUUGGUGGGAAAGAAGGAGGAGGGUGCGCUUAUGGAGGGGUUGAAGGCGUGA